AUGAAGUUCGGGAAGGAAUUUAUAUCCCAAAUGGUACCAGAAUGGCAAGAGGCCUACAUGGACUACAACAAUCUCAAGAUUCUCCUCAAAGAGAUCAUUCGCUUCAGGCAAAGAACUAAGCCUCUGGUCUCCACCCCAAGCGGCCUCAAGCGGAAGCCAACCUUGUAUAGAGCUUUCAGUGGCCUAAUCCAGAGGAACAUCAAGAGCCCCAACAGCGGCGCCGGUGGAGACAUGGAAGAUCAAGUGGUACUGGUAAGAGCCAUGCAGAGUGAUCAGGGUUCAUCAUCAUCUGAUCAUCAUCAAGUCAAGUACCGGACAAACUUUCUCAUGUCAGCCGAGGAAGGUGGAGAGUACGAGCUGUUGUAUUUCAGGAGACUAGACGAUGAGCUCAACAAGGUUAACAAGUUCUAUAGGGAAAAGGUUGAGGAGGUCCUUAAGGAGGCCAACCAGUUGACUAAGCAAAUGGAUGCUUUGAUUGCGUUUCGGAUUAAGGCUGAGAAUCCCAACAUCGACGUCGAGAGCUUCGAUCAUAAAGGCGAGAUGCGUCGCCUUGCUUCUGAGGUUGCUGCCUCCACUGCCGCAUCGAGGGCUUCUACUCCCUCCGGUGCUAAGACUCCUGGAUCCACCAGGGAGUCAGGAUACAUGAAUGUAAUAGAAGAAUUUUUACUAAACAACGGAGGGAAUUUGGAUGACUCAAGUGCAGACAUAGAUGUCAUUGAGCUCGAAAGUACCAAAUCUAGCAUUCGUGAAGAGAAGCCAGACAGCAUCAAGGGCACCAAACCAACCCCUUUACAAAUCCUUAACCAUGUGAAGCUCAACAACACACUUGAGACUCCCUGCUCCACCGUUAAAGGCAUUCUCAAGAUCCCAAUGAACAGAGAGCUUAACCUUCAGGGCCUGAAGAAAGUUGAAGGACAACUGAAGCAGACAUUCAUCGAAUUUUAUCAGAAGCUUCGACUUCUUAAGAGCUACAGCUUUUUGAAUCUGUUGGCAUUCUCAAAGAUAAUGAAGAAAUAUGACAAGACCACUUCAAGGAGUGCAGCCAGGGCUUACCUGAAAAUGGUUGAUGACUCCUAUCUUGGCAGCUCCGAUGAGGUCACUAGGCUUAUGGAGAGAGUGGAAGCUACCUUUAUCAAGCACUUCUCAAACUCAAACCGCCGUAAGGGUAUAAAAAUCUUGAGACCAAAAUCAAAGAAAGAAAAGCAUAGAGUAACAUUUUCCAUAGGCUUCUUUACUGGUUGUGCUACAGCUUUACUAGUGGCCCUUAUUUUGAUUAUACAUGCAAGACAUAUCCUGAACAAGAAAGGGAGUUCCCAAUACAUGGAAACCAUGUUUCCACUCUACAGCUUGUUUGGAUUUGUUGUCCUACACAUGGUCAUGUAUGGUAUUAAUAUAUACCUUUGGAGGCGCUACCAAGUCAAUCAUCCCUUCAUAUUUGGAAUCAAACAAGGAACUGAAUUGGGGUACCGAGAAGUCUUCCUCCUCAGCUCAGGGCUUGCAGUACUUGCAUUUUCCAGUGUGCUUGCAAACCUUAACAUGGAGAUGGAUCUGAGAACAAAAGAGUACAAGUCAAUCACUGAACUAGUCCCUCUGGGAUUAUUUUGUCUAGUACUUGUCAUAACAUUUUGCCCAUUUGACAUUAUAUACCGUUCAAGUCGCUUCUUCCUACUCCGAUCUGCUUUCCACUGUAUCAGUGCCCCUCUCUACAAGGUUACUCUCCCGGAUUUUUUCCUAGCAGACCAGCUAACUAGCCAGGUCCAAGCCAUUAGAAGUCUGGAGUUUUACAUCUGCUAUUAUGGUUGGGGAGACUACAUACACAGAAGAAACACCUGCAAAAAUUUUCAUGUCUACCAAACUUUCUUUUACAUAGUUUCUGUAUUUCCUUAUUGGUCCCGCUUCCUUCAGUGCCUCCGACAGUUGUAUGAAGAGAAAGACCCAAUGCAAGGAUACAACGGAUUGAAAUACUUCUCGACCAUUUUGGCUAUUGUUAUGAGGACAGCUUACAGUAUGAGUAAUGGACCACAUUGGCAGGUGUUAGCUGCGAUUACAUCAGCCAUUGCAGCAAUUCUGAGCACCUAUUGGGACCUUGUUAUUGACUGGGGGCUUCUACAACGUAAAUCGAAGAACCGAUGGUUGAGAGACAAGCUUCUUAUCUCUCACAAAAGCGUAUAUUUCGGAGCCAUGAUCUUGAAUGUUCUACUCAGAUUUGCCUGGCUUCAAACUGUUCUGAACUUUCAAGUAUCUUUCCUACAUAGAGAAGCCUUGAUAUCAAUAGUUGCAAGCCUAGAGAUUAUUCGCCGUGGCAUUUGGAAUUUCUUCAGGUUGGAGAAUGAACACCUGAACAAUGUUGGGAAAUUUCGUGCCUUCAGAUCAGUACCUCUCCCAUUUAAUUGUGAUGAGGAUGAAGAUAAAGAUGAAUAAGGAUCAACCACAAUCCACAAAGACAAAAGGGUAUUAGGCCAGAACAAUCAAUCCCUACAGAAAUAUUAGAUUAAAGUAGUUGUUGAACUGACAAAAGAUGGCCAUAUCAACAACUAAGAUGCAGACUUUCAGUUCAAUAAUGUGCAGUGGAUAAGCCGUGGUUAGACAGGAACAAUAAAACCAGCAGAAUGUAACUGAUUCAGUAGCAACAGAACAGAUUUACAUUUGUUUUGGUUAACUAUUGUGUAUAUUAUCUUUCAUUUUUCAGUC